AUCCCCAAUCAACAAAUCCACUAUGAGAGCAGCAACUAUCAUCUUCGCCAUUCUCGUCCUGGCAGCCUGCCUAUUGAGGAGCAGCGAGGCGGUGACCUGCACCGCCGACCCCACCGUCACUGGAUGCAUCAACUGCACCACCAAUCCAACCGAUUCCGAGUGCGUGGCUGAGGCAGCCGCCGCCACAUCCACCACAACCACAGUGGCUCCAGCAACGAGCACCGUUGCGACCACCACCACUGCGCCAACGACAUCAAGCGGAACCGGAACCGGAAGCCGAAAGAUCGUCCGCGUUAGCAACCUGCGCUACUCCGUCAACCGUCGCAUUCGGAUCAACACCACCGCUCGAUCCACCAGCUCCAACGGCCGCUCUGGCAGGCGCUCCACCAACACCAACAGGAACCGCAGGCGCAGGAAUAACAACGCCAGGCAAGGCAACUCCAGGAGCAGUCGCGGAAACGUUCGCGUAGUAGUUGGUUAAAAAUGGUUAGAAUGUUUACAAUUGU